GUGUCGUCGGAGUUGGCCGGGCAGUUGUGACUUCCACUGUCCCCCAGCAACACAUGAACAUGAUCCAUCCUUCGCGGGCUUCCAACAUCCGCACAUAUGAUGAUCUUCAUAAGGGGGAUGGUGGUCAUAGAUCAUCUAGAUAUCGCAGUCGCAGUCCGUUUGAUGGGCAAGGAGAGAGCUCAAACCGCACCAACUCCCAUAUUCCGCCAGUAGACAACGGAUACGCUUCUCGCGAAGAACAGAGGCGAAGGGGAAGCCCAACUUAUGACGUAUUUCGCACGACCUCGCCGCUCAGAACACAUGAAUCAGAGUCACAAAACACGUACCCUUCUAGCGGUGGGUACCGCAACUAUCGAGGGGGAGGUGCGGAUUGGGCUGAACGUCGUCGACAGAUGCGGGAACAAACCACGAAAUCUAUUUGGCCACCCUCACCAAAGGCACCUGCACAUGACAAACCCCCACCCAAACGCAGGAAACGCUCGCGGUCCGUGGGCUCGGAGAGCGACACGGAUAGGUCCGAAAAAGAGUAUCGUCAACGUAGGAAGCAUAGACAUUCAAGUCGGAGAGAUCGCGACCGCCAUCAUCACAGGAGUCCGAGACAUCACUCUUCGAGGCACAGCAGGCACCGUAGUUCGUGGCGUCACCGCUCAUCUGACGACGAAAGUGGCUCUGGAUCCGAAAGUGAAGGAGAUCGCCGCCGAUACCCGCACCAGCGCAACGAUGACAAGGGAAUGGCUAAGGAAAUGGAAAGAGAAAGUCCUACGCACACCGGAAAUGAUGACGAAUCUGUCUGGGUCGAAAAACUUCCGGAUAAUCCACUCACCCAAAUGACGGAUUCCCCUCCGAAUCCUCUCAUUGACAUAGCGCCUUUAGUGGCAACAACUUCUUCUGGCACCAAAGCGCCAUUGAGUCAGAAUACAACCCAAAUCUACGAUGACGAUGACGGCGACGAGGUUGGGCCAUUGCCAUACAAGAGGAAGGAGGACAAGAUUAACGAACGUGAUUAUGGUGGUGCACUCCUAAAGGGAGAGGGUAGCGCCAUGGCUGCUUUCGUUCUAAGCAAUCAGCGUAUUCCUAGACGUGGUGAAAUAGGUCUUACGAGCGAUGAGAUAGACAAGUUCGAAAAGUCGGGAUAUGUGAUGAGUGGAAGUCGCCAUCGUCGUAUGAAUGCCGUCCGUAUGCGCAAGGAGAACCAGGUUAUUUCGGCUGAAGAGAAGCGUGGUAUUUUGAAGCUGCAGAAAGAGGAGAGGGAGAAGCGGGAGAAUUUGAUCGUUGGUGGAUUCAAAGAAAUGUUGGAGGAAAAGCUGAAGGGCACUGCAAGAUAACAACCAUAAUUUUGACUAUCAUUAUUGACGUUCGGUUAUCUUUGUUCUGGUCUUUAUCGUGGCCUGUAGCACAGCGCUUAAAUAUCACUCUUUAGGAAAAUC